UUCAGUGAACUUAUUAACUGUGGUAACUGCCUCCAAUCACUGGAAGAAUGAGCACCUCCCCCAUCCGGUCUCGUGCCUCAAUCGACAUCUUGGAGGAGCUGCAGCUGAUUGCAGCCCAGAACCUGGAGAAGCUGGACAUUAAUAAGUACUAUGAGGUUAUUAGGGAGCUGGGCAAAGGCACCUAUGGCAAGGUGGAUCUUGUUGUCCACAAGAUCAGAGGCACUAAGAUGGCUCUGAAGUUCCUGCGGAAGAAAACCACUAAGCUGAAGAGCUUUCUGAGGGAGUAUAGCAUCUCGCUUUACCUUUGCCCCUGCCCAUACAUCAUCAACAUGUACGGCAUUGCCUUUGAAACAGACGAGUAUUAUAUCUUUGCUCAAGAGUAUGCAUUAGCUGGGGACCUCUUUGACAUCAUUCCCCCUCAGGUGGGGCUGCCAGAGUGUGUGGCGAAACGCUGCGUACAUCAGGUCGCCUUGGCGCUGGAUUAUCUUCACUCUAAGAAGCUGGUGCAUCGUGACAUCAAGCCUGAGAACGUGCUAAUCUUUGACCGGGAGUGCCGUAAGGUCAAGCUGUCAGACUUCGGCAUGACGCGUCGAGCUGGUUCACCAGUAAAACGUGUCAGCGGUACCAUCCCCUACACACCACCUGAGCUUUGCGAGCCGGGCCGCCAUGAUGGAAUCUGUGUGGACUACAGUACAGAUGUGUGGGCCUUUGGGGUGCUCCUAUUCUGUAUGCUCACAGGAAACUUUCCAUGGGAAAAGGCGCUACCAUGUGAUGCAUUUUACGAGGAGUUCGCACGUUGGCAGCAGCAACCAAGGAGGCGGGCAAGCACAGUGCCGUCGCAGUGGCGCCGCUUUACCAACGAGGCCUUGCGCAUGUUCAGGCACCUCUUGGCCAUUGAGAAGGAUCAGCGCUGCUCUGUCAAUGAGGUGCUCACCUUCUUCUGCCACUGCUGGAUGCUAGACACGGAAAACGGCAACACAGCUACCUCACCCAGUGGUACGGUGUUAAAUGGGCACCUGGCUGAGCUUAGUAGUUCUUCCUCAGAGGAAGAUAAUCUGGUCGAGCGUCUGAAGCAGCAGAGCCUGUCACCUGUGUGCGCUGUGGCCAAAUCAGGCAUCGUCAUUGAGCCAGUGACACCGCCCUACUCAGGCGUGUCCACCAUCAACUCACCUUCCUCCAAUAACAGCUACGAGCGUGUCUCCCGUGACAGCAACGGUAAUGGAGGUCGCAUCCUUGUGACCACACCAAUCGAGAUCUGCGUGUAGUGAGGAUAUAGAAGGUAACAGACCAUACACAUACUUAGAACACUGGGAACCAGUUGACAACAUUGAGGACCUAAAUCCUUAAACAAGGAGGAGAUGAUCCGUCCUUCAUACUGAGUGUAGAACAUGGUGAAAAUGUUCUACAAGACUUGUCAAUCAUUCCUCAUGAUGAGUGUCUCUGAGGGAAUGCUACAAGUCAAAAACAGUAAAGUUAUACUGAUGGUGUAUCUUGGCAUUUCAACCAUGUUAGUCCAAAUGUAAUCAGUCCACCAUUAGCAAGAGCGCGUAAAUGGGGGAAAAAAACAAAAAAACAGGUGCCAAAUUACCUGUACCAUCAUAUAGCAAUAUGUUAAAUGUUUUGCAAAAUGAAAACCAACGUAACAGUGGUCAAAGUUUGAAUGUCUGAGACUAACUGCAAAAACGCAUCAUGUGAAAAUAUUCAUAAUGUGAUUUUUGGAAGUGGUUCUUAUUUGUGCUCAAAUGUCCAUUUGGUUAGUGGCUAAUUUCAAUAAAGUAGGGGUUUUUGCAUUAUUAUUUACUUUGGUCUUGUGCUCCUGAUGUUUUGCUGUUUAUUUUAUACUGUAGCAGUAUAACGUUAAUAAUGCCCAGUUGCCAUUAUGGUGUGUUGCAUUGUAGAAAAAAAAAUCUCUAAACCCUCUAAACCAAAAUGUUAUCAGAACUUCCAUAAGACGUUAACUUAAUUUGAACAUGCAUGCCUGUUCAUUUUCUGUGUUGUUUCUUAGUAUGGUGCAUUUUUUUUGAAAGAUUCAAUGCGUCUUCUCACAAUGAGCGAGGCCCAGAUUGCUCGGAUGAUGUUACCAAUGUGAUCACAGUGCGUGCAUACAGAUGCCUGUCACUAUUCAAAACACAGAACAGUUUUGAUUUGUACUAAAAAAAAAAGGGCUGUGUUAGAACACAGAGCAUGUCAGUGAUUUAAAAGUGGUGAUGCAGAAUUAUUUGUCCAUGGCGUGAGAGAGAGAAUUUUUCCGUUGAUGUCUUGUGACCGAUUUUACAAGUGCAGAUGGACAAUUCAGAAAGAAUAUUUCUGACCUGAUGGUGUUUUAAGAAUUUCUCAGGUACAUAUGGCUAUGCGGGGUAAUAUCCCACAAUAGCCAGGUUUAAGUCUAGUUAUUUAAAGGGAAGGAGGGACAUUGUGAGUUCAUGCCACUGGAAUAUAUGACGGAGAAACUUUAUAGCAGAUAAGACAUGCUGCAUUAAAUGACAAGCUCUGAAUCUUAUUACAUAAUAUGAAACUUGAUAUGAUCAAGACUGUUAUUACUUGCCAUAUGUGAUUCCUUAGUUUCCAGAGCCAGUUAUAAAAAAAAAAAAUUGGAUACAUUACAUUCAAUGCUUCGUUUCAGCUCUCACUCAAAUUUUUAAUUAAGGAUGUUUUUAAAACGAUAAACAAUCUAAACCAAAAACUACUUCUAAUGGGGGUUCUCAUUAAGAUCUAACCCCACGCAUCUGCUUUGCCAUUAUUGAGGCAUUUUUAUAGCAUAGUUUUCAUUUAUUUAUUUAUUUUUUUGUUCAUGUACUUGGAUUUUUUUUUUAUACUAAUUUUGAUAAAGGCAUGGUAGCAGAAGUUGUUUGAAAGAAAUUGUUUAGAAAUUGGAAAAUGAAAUAACUGACAUUGCAUUUUUAGAAGGGUGUUUCUGAAAUUGCAUAGAUAUAAAACCUACAUAAAUGGGUCUUUUUAUCUGUGCUACAUUUUAGAUAUGUGAUAUUAAAUGUGUUGUGAUAUUUUACAGUAGCACAUAGUUGCAUAAAUUGAUAUUCAGAAUUAAAAGAAAAAGGAAAAACAAAUGUAAGAUUUAAUUUAUUCUAUUUGUGCUGUAAGACUACAUGCAUUCUAAUGAGGUGGUUCAGAGCAUUAGUGCAGUCUGAUAUUUCCUAGAUAUGUUGAACUUUAUUGAAUUCCAUAAAUGCCUGUUAACAGCUAAGGACAGAAAAGGACUGAUUUUUUUUAAUACAAACCAGGACCAGACAGUCAUUCACAAACACACUUUUUUUUCUCUCAAAAUAGACUUGUGUUGAUAUUUGCAUGUGUCAAUAUUGUUCUGGAGAGAUAAUGUUGAAAAUAAAACCAUAUCCUUGAUGCAGAA